AGACACGGCUGUUGGAUCUCGUGGUGUGCGUUUGUUUUUGCGAUAUGGGGCGUGAAGACAUAUUAUAAACACGAGGGAAUCUAUACAGAAACUGCGCACUUACUGGGUAUUUCAGUAAAUCUGAAGUCAUUGACGACUUUACCAGCAAUUUCUGCCCAUUAGUUGGUGUGGUUUUAAAAUUAAGAGAACAAACAUGGCGGACAGCGACAUUUCUGACGAAAUUUCCAGCGCCUUUCAGCUGGCCGACCCAGCGGACAAGGAACGAUUUUUCGCUCGGCUGAGGAAAUUAAACGUCAACAAUCCAAGCGAACUGGACUCUUUUCUUGACGACUACAAGUAUCGAAAGCUCAUUGUAACGGGUUUCAAUCGAGAUCUUGUCAUAGUUGGCCGUAAUGAGUCAACUGUGUUUGAAGAUUUCACUUUACAAGUGUGGAAGAAAUACUACAUCGAGGAGGAUGUCGUGCAGAUCGGUAUUUUGCAAGGGAGCUUGUCCUUCCCAGUAGAAGGCGUGUUUGUCGGGAAGUCUUCAGGGCGUGUUUAUGUUUGUCAGGAGUGUGAUGAUUAUCAGGAGCAGUGCAUCGUGUGUAUUGCAUACAGUUUGGAGCAUUUUCUGGUGCGUGGGCCACAGAAGCUGUUACAAUACAAUAAGCCACAGUGCCUGUUUGAGAACUGUUAUGGUUGCUUUGAUCCUCUUAUUAAAGACAGAGUUCUAAGCUCAAUUGGAUUGUAACUGUCACAGAGACACAGAGGAUGGUAAAAUAAAUUAUUUAGGAUGUCAUAUAGGAUGGUAUUUUAAAGUCUAUUUGUUGGCUUAGUUGUUUUUACUGUGCAGUUACAUGUAAGUAACGAGAUGGCAUAAAAUGAUACUGUAAAAUCCCACUCUAAAGAUCCCCCCCCCCCC